GGGUGCAGCGCGCACAGACCAGGCUGACAGCAGUGGGCAGCAGAGCUCAGGCGCCUUUGUAUGUGCUGCUGCUGUUGCUGCAACCUCACCUACUCGGUGGAGAGAAAGAUGGCAGCACCGCUACAACAGCUGUCAGUCGGGAAGGAGCAUCUCUGCAGCUAGUCUGGGGCCAAACAUGAACUGCGGGGGACCCUGGAGCGAGAGUAAAUACCGCACAUCUAGGAGCCGCCAAAGGACUGCCAUUGAGCAGCUCUCCCCAUCAGCCCCGAGUGCUCGGCACAUACACGCUCAGCAAUACCCAGCAGCAGCUCGGGGGAUCCGCCGCUAAUCUGCCCGCACCGCCAGCCUCACUCGCACAGCCGAUCCCAAGGAGAAAGCGGGGGCACCGAGCGUUUGCUUCAAGAAUGAGUGAACAGAGUAUCUGCCAAGCGCGAGCUUCCGUUAUGAUCUAUGAUGACACCAGUAAAAAAUGGGUGCCAAUCAAGCCAGGCCAGCAGGGGUUCAGCAGGAUUAAUAUAUAUCACAACACUGCCAAUAAUACCUUUAGAGUAGUCGGAGUUAAACUUCAGGAUCAACAAGUAGUUAUUAAUUAUUCUCUUGUGAAAGGCCUGAAAUACAAUCAGGCAACGCCAACCUUCCACCAAUGGAGGGAUGCACGGCAGGUGUACGGUCUGAACUUUGCAAGCAAAGAAGAAGCCACCACUUUCUCCAACGCAAUGAUCUUUGCUCUCAAUAUCAUGAAUUCGCAAGAUGGAGGUCCUGCUGCCCAGCGUCAAGCUCCGAAUAUACAAAAUGGACCCUCCCCAGAUGACAUGGAAAUACAGAGAAGGCAAAUGUUGGAGCAACAGCAGCGUCAGGAGACCCUGGAACGAAGGACCUCUACUACAGUUUCUACCCUUCAGAUAAACGUGUCUUCUUCCCCUUCCCACUGCCAGUCUCCUCCUCCUGACUACAGUAACUUCAGUGCUUCUCCUUCUACUGGCGCUCUCCCACCUCCAUCUUAUGCAAAAGUUAUCUCUUCAGCAGCUGCUUCCCCUGAACUUAGUAGUAAAUCCACACACAAGUCCACUAACAGAACCAGCGAACCCCCAGAGCUGCAGAACAGCCAUUGUGGAUCAGAGCCUUCAACAUCCCAAAGUUCUGCAUUUUCUCCAAUAAGGCCAAGCAAUGGGACUGUAUCCCGGAGCAUCAAGCAAAUCUCUUUAUCCCCACCGCCUGCUCCAGGCUCCCAUUCUCCAUUAUCCCUGCAUCAGUCUGUAAGGCAUCCCUCUCUGUCAUUUUCUCCUUAUUCCUCUCCUCCUGUUUCAGUGACCUCAUCAGUGCAGAAGAGUAUAUCUCCACAGUCACCUAUUCCAGUGCUCCUACCUGUAAUUCCUGUCCAGAAUAGCAGGAUCAGAGGAUGUUCAGAUAAAAUGGUCCAAAAUCCAAUUAUACCUCAGACAGGUCCAGGCGACCAAGCAGAAGAACCUCUAACUUCGCAAAUUUCUUUAAGUUCACCCCGGACGCAGGUUAAAUGCGUUGACCGUUCUUUCCUGUCCUAUAUAGAAACUGUACCUGUUGCACAAUUGCCAGUGAUAACCAGCCUUGCUGGCUCUCUAACCCAGGCUUCUCCUCAGCCCUUCCAAUCUGACACUCAUCCUUCACAGCAACCAUACCAGUCCAUGUCACACUUUGUUUCAUUACCUCCCCCUUAUGCUGCUGUAUCUGAGCUGACUUUGCCCAAGAGAACUGCACCUUACAUGACAUCAUCAACCAUUACCCAGUUCAGUCCUAUGCUUCCACCUGGUCAUCCAUCUUCGACAGCAAUGGUAGCAUCGGUGGGCUCAGCACCUGCUCCAGCUAGUGGUCCGCCACCUCCACCACCUCCUGGACCACCACCACCAUCGGGAGCUACACCACCACCUGCACCCCCUCUCCCAGCUGGGGGGAGCCAAGGAGUAGUAUACGAAGACAGUCCUGCGUCAGGGCUGGCUGCAGCUCUGGCUGGUGCCAAAUUGAGGAAAGUACAAAGGCCAGAAGAUGGAAGCUCAAGUCCUUGUGGAGCAACGAAAACCGAUGCCAAUCGAACAAGUAGUGGUGGAGGGGGAGGUGGACUUAUGGAGGAGAUGAAUAAACUGCUGGCAAAGAGAAGAAAAGCAGCAUCGCAAACAGAUAAACCAGGUGACAAAAAAGAAGACGAAUGCCAAAUUGAGGAUGCCAGUCUUUCAUCUUCUCCUGUUACUCGAGGUCCUACACCACAGAAUUCUUCCGACUUGGGUAAAAAACCUUGGGAAAGGAGUAACUCAGUUGAAAAACCUGUACCCUCAUUACUUUCUAGAACCCCACCAGUGGUGAAGAGUCCAGAAGCUAAGAGUCCCAUACAAUCUCAACCACCCUCUAGGAUGAAACCAGUGAGCAGCAGUAAUGAUGUAUCUACGGAUGCCUUAGAUUUUGACCGAAUGAAACAAGAAAUUCUAGAGGAAGUUGUCAGAGAGUUGCACAAGGUCAAAGAAGAGAUUAUUGAUGCUAUCAGGCAGGAACUGAGCAGAAUCAGUACAACAUAAUGACAGAUAAGACUGCAGUCUGGGAAUGUACAAUAGAUUCCACCAACCGAUCCACCCGGAGUGUUGAAUUGACAAUGAAGAUCCCUGCACUGUUCCCGUUCCCUUUUUAUUAGCAGACUCAGCACACUUUGAAGCUUGCUGCCUUGGAUUUACUUUAUUCAAAAGUCUUAAUAUAAAAUGAUUAUUUCUGGAUUUUUUUCCGGUUUCAUCUGACAUUGCACAUCAAGAUUCGUCAGCCUUUUAUUUUUUAAUUUGUACGAUAUAAUUGCUUAUUUAAAUGUAUAAUUUUUCAUUUAGUAGUAGAUUGAAGGAAAAACUAUGUGAACCAUUUGCUUUUAUAGGAUGACUUCAAAGUAAGUGUACUGAUAGUCUGCAGUGUUACAACCCUUUUGCCAACCAAAAUUUAAUGCAGAAUCACUCAAAAACCAGAGACAUGUUGUAAGGUGACAACACGAGUCUCCACUUCAUCACAAUAUUAAAAUGGUACAUUGGUGCACACCCGUAGAUGUAAUCAUAUUGGUAAUAAACUGUUUAUUGUUCAAACAAGA